AAAAAUCAGUGUGACGACUGUUCUAAUAAUAUCUUGGUUUAUAUGUUUUUUCAAGUACAAAAUAUACACUUAAACGAAUUGACUUUCGCAUAAACGUAUCUGAUUUAAUAUUUAAAAAAAGGAUAUUUGCGCUGUUUAAUAAAUAUGCACGGAUUAAGAAUUGUCUUCCUUUUCCUUUGUCUGCAAAUGACACAGGGAUGUUUUCGUCCGCGUCCUAACAUCGAUAAUGAUAAUGAUGAGCCAGAGUGUCCAUGUAUCAUAUCCAGAGCACAGUGGGGAGCACGAACAGCAAAAGGUACAACGCGGAUGACGUCUACUCCAACGUAUGUAGUAAUACACCACGGCGGCGUUGGAUCUAGAUGUUUUAAACCUGAACAAUGCAAAGAAAUAGUUCGAAACUAUCAGAAAUAUCACAUGGAUACCAAUGAAUGGGACGACAUUGGUUAUAACUUCAUAGUUGGCGAAGACGGCAACGUGUACGAGGGUAGAGGAUGGGGAUUAGUAGGUGCGCAUGCUCCAGGCUUCAACAGUAAGAGUUUGGGUAUUUGUGUGAUUGGAGAUUUUAGUAAAAGUGUACCAAACCAGGCUGCACAGAAUGCGGUAAAAGAUCUGAUAUCCUGUUCUGUAGCUCGGAAGAAGCUAUCGUCAUCAUACAGACUGCGCGGUCAUCGUGACGUGAAAACCACAGCAUGCCCUGGGACAAGUUUCUACAAUGUUAUUCGAACAUGGAAAAAUUACUAACUCAAUAUUCCUGUUUUGUCAUACUGGUUACUGAAUGAACUUUGACUUUUUUCUUAUUUUAUUCCAGUUGUCUGAUUGGAUACAUCGAUCUUUUUCCCUAGAAGAAUGCCAUGUCUGUUCUUUAGGUUAAGAAGUGCAUAAAAAGUUUGCCAUUCUUGUACUUUUUUAACAAAGUUCCACAAUCAAUGCACCAAUAAAUAGCUUAAGCAAAUGA